AUGUGGUUCUCUCUGACAUAUGUUAAACGUAUUAUUUUGGACAAAUCAGCAGACGACGUGAGACUGGCUAUUGAGAAAACCAUUGAACACAACAACAGGAACCAGUCUAACUCUAGAAUAUUCCUCAACGCCACCUACAGCACCGUCAAUAUGGAAGACAGCUUAAAGCUAAGUGAAGCUAGCGGUCAUCAGCCUGGGAAGCAGGAUGACGGAAAAGGUGCUAAUGGAGAUAUUAAGAAAGUUGUUUUCUCUGUAUCUCAUGCUGAGUCCGGUUCAAGAUUUUGUACCCAGCUGGACAUCGGCGUGUUCGUGUUAUUCGGGGGAAGUACCUCCCUGUCUUACAACACCAUCCAGUCAUACAGCCAGGCUCUGAACGUGCCCUAUGUCAUCUAUUCGACGAGUCGCAACGCGCCAGCAGACGGCUACACGUUCGACAUCACUCUCAGUCCGUCCUACAUCGAAGCAAUAAUAGACAUCAUCAAAUAUUUUAGUUGGAAAAAAGUAUAUUAUUUGUUUGACUCAGAUGAUGGGUUGUGGCAGCUACAAAAGCUAUACGAUGCCUUCCGUGAUCCUUCGUUUAAUCUCGUCGUGGAUGCACGGCGCCUGCGCACAUUAGACCGAUCGCACGAAGUGUUACGGCGACUGGACCGAAGUGAUCCGGAUGACAAGAAGCGCAUCAUUGUUUCAUUAACAAAUGUUGAUGCAUAUCAAAUUUUUCUAAAUCAGAUUGUGGAUGUAGGGAUGAAUCGUGAAAAUUACCAUUACAUUAUAGGAGGUCCGGACAUCGACAUCCUUGAUCUGAAAUCUUUUAUACACGGCGGUGUAAAUAUCACGGGAUUUACACUCAUUCCGCUGAGUACGCAUCAUCUGAUGACGUCACCGUCUAGUAUGGCCUCCGCGCCGUCUUCGAACAAAGGCAAACGGCGCGCGAAGCCACGACCCCUUUCAGUGCGAGUCUCGACAGAUGCCGCCCUGGCAGCAGAUGGGAUACGUAUCCUCAUCCGGGCAUUCAAUCUUCUACUGGACAGUCCAACCAACAGACAGGUGUACAAGGCGUUCCGUAGGGGAGAGUUGUACAAUAACGAAACGAAAGGAAUAAAAUGUAGGGCAAAGAAUCCAAAACCGUGGGUGCAUGGCGAGGUCAUAAAAGAUGCUAUUAAACAGGUGAAUCUGAUAAACGGGUACACUGGCGACGUGACAUUCAGUUCGGGCGGAACGCGGAAUAAUCACAGUUUAAACAUCAUGCACCUAUCGUACAAACAACCACUGACCAAGGUUGGCACGUGGUCAAAGGCCAUCGGAAUAACGACAAACAUGACAAGACCGGAUCAAUCUCAGUCGAAGUGUCCAAACAGAACACGGAUUGUGACGACCAUUUUGGAAAGUCCCUUCACAAUGGACCGGUGUUUACGGGACGGGACACCGUGUACUGGCACGCCGCGGUAUGAAGGUUUCUGUGUGGACGUCGCCCGCAUGGUGGCCGAGGUGGUCGGUUUCGACUACGUUCUGAGACUCGUCAAGGACGGCAACUACGGCGGAAGACAGAAAGACGGGUCGUGGAAUGGAAUGAUUGGCGAACUCAUGAAUGACGAGGCGGACAUAGCCAUCGCACCUCUGUCUAUAAUACAGAUGCGAGAACGAGUGGUGGACUUCUCCAAGCCGUUCAUGGAGUCCGGCAUCAGCAUCAUGAUCCGGAAACCCGAGAAGCAGAAACCUGGCGUGUUCAGCUUCAUGGCGCCCUUCUCCAACACCGUGUGGGUGUGCAUCACCGUCGGCUUCCUCGCCGUCAGCACCAUCCUCUUCCUCGUCGGCCGCUUUAGCCCUUUCGAGUGGAACGUCGAUGAGACGGGAGCUGAGGCGCAGAACUCGUUCAACAUGAGAAACACACUCUGGUUCACACUCGGGGCCCUAAUGCAGCAGGGCUCUGAUAUAUCCCCAAGAUCCAUGUCAGGCAGAAUAGUUGGCAGCGCCUGGUGGUUCUUCACGCUGAUCCUCAUAUCCUCGUACACCGCAAACCUGGCGGCGUUCCUUACGAUAGAAAGACUCGUGGUACCAAUCGACUCCGCAGACGACUUGCUGAAACACCCAGAAAUCAGAUACGGAACGAGAGAAAACGGCUCGACGUUUGAAUUCUUCAAGAACUCUGAAGUGUCAGUGUAUGCCAAGAUGUGGAACGUGAUGAUGGACGCCGUUCCCUCUGUGUUCACCAGGAGUGUGGCUGAGGGUAUACGACGAGUCCAGAACUCCAAGGGGAAGUACGCCUACUUCAUCGACUCGCCCAUGAACGAGUACCAGAACCAGCGUCUGCCCUGCAACACCAUGAAGGCAGGGCGGAACCUCGACUCCAAGGGAUACGGCAUCGCCACCCCGAUGGGAUCAGACUUGAGAGUACCCAUCAACAUAGCUGUCCUGGAGCUCAGAGAGAUCGGAGAGUUGCAUCGACUCAAACAGAAAUGGUGGUAUGACAAAGGACAAUGUGGUGCAGAAAAUUCCAAGGACACGAAGACGAGUUCUCUGACACUGAGCAACGUGUCUGGUAUAUUCUACAUUCUCGUUGGUGGUCUGGUGCUCGCCAUUAUCAUCCGGUUUACAGACUACGCCUUUCAUACAAGGUGCAGAAAAAAAACCUUCAAGAAAACAGUUCAAAUCACGGUUCCUGGACCUGACGAGGAUAUCGUGACCUCUAUACGACAGGCUCCGGCACCUGGUGGGAAUGGGGCAGUCCGGUUUCCCAGCAACGAAAGAGAGUUAAUAUAUUUUGAACCAGAUCCUGACAUUGAAAAUUCUUAACAUAUAGACUCUGUUAGAGGAUAGUCACCUCCAGAAGAUGAUGCCAUCAUCUGAUUUUGUGACUUGCUGAAUCACACAAUACAUAUCAUUACUCUACUCUCUCAUUCCACCCUCACCCCACAGGAUACGGCUGUAUAUAAGCAAUACCGAUAUAGCGAUAGAGCGAAUAUCGGUAUUAAGAAUGAUUAAUUAUUUUCACGUUCAUGAUUAAUUAACUUUCAAACUCCAAGUUUUGUUGUACUGAAAAUUAACUGAUUUCUCAGAAUGUGAAUGUUUUUUUGUUUUUUAUAUAUAUAUAUAUAUAUAUAUAUAUAUAUAUAUACAAUCACACCUAACUAAAA